UUCCAUUUCUGAACUGAGGAGACGCCGCCGCUCUCGCGUACAGUCCUCGCCUUUUUUUAUACACACUCAAGUAAAUAAACUAGGUUCUUUCUGUUUUAAACCAGGAUCACUACCUACACGUAGCGAGUGAAAUCAGCAGUCCUUGUUGUACCGUGUUAUGCUGUUUGAGUUGUAGCUAGAUCUGAAGCUAGCUUUUUAUUCCCCAUUUUAACUUUACUAAGCGGCGUUUUCCCGCCGUUUUCUUUUUUUUUUUUUUUUUUUUUUCUCUCGCCGCCCCCCUCACUCUACCCCCUUGUGUGUGAGUAGGGGCCUGCAACGUUGUUUAGCCACGAGGCGCGUCGGUUUCAGUUGGAAUUGGGCGAUGGCGGAGUUUGGUAACGGACUGGCGGAUGAAUCCCUACUAGAUUCAGACCCCGGACAUCCCGAGCUGGAAGACCCAGGUGUCGGUGACGAAGAACCAGGCUUAGAAGAGGGAGAGGCCGCAAUUGAAGACCCGGAGCUGGAGGCAAUCAAGGCCCGGGUGAGAGAGAUGGAGGAAGAGGCAGAGAAGUUAAAGGAGUUACAGAACGAGGUGGAGAAACAGAUGAAUCUCAGCCCCCCACCAGUUGGCCCCGUCAUCAUGUCCAUUGAGGAGAAGAUGGAAGCAGAUGGCAGAUCUAUUUAUGUCGGCAAUGUGGACUAUGGUGCCACAGCAGAAGAGCUGGAGGCUCACUUUCAUGGCUGCGGUUCAGUAAACAGAGUCACCAUCCUGUGUGACAAAUACACAGGACAUCCAAAAGGGUUUGCCUACAUUGAGUUUGCAGACAAAGAGUCUGUUAGGACAGCCAUGGCUUUGGAUGAGUCUCUUUUCAGAGGAAGACAGAUUAAGGUGGGAGCCAAGAGAACAAACAGACCAGGCAUCAGCACCACAGACCGCGGUUUCCACGUGGCUCUGUUCCGAUCACGAGGAGGAAACUUCUCCUCGCGUGCACGCUACUACAGCGGCUACACACCCCCAAGAGGCAGAGGACGGGCCUUCAGGGGCCGAGGGCGAACAACAUCGUGGUAUUCCCCUUACUAAACACCCUCCUCCCCCUCUCCCCCAAUUACUCCCCUUACUAUCAACCCUCCCCCUUCCUUCCUCCCCCCAUUACCCAUCCCUCCCAUCUCUGUUCU